AUGGCUGUACAACAUCGUCAUAAUUAUUGUUCGGUGAUAAAAUAUUUUACGACAUGUAUGAUAUUAAGUAUCUGUGCACUAUUUUAUGUUUCAUUAACAAUAGAAAAUUAUGCAUUAAAUUAUUUUAAUUUUUCUAUGAUAAAAUACGAUGAUAAAUUAUUAUUUCUAAAUCAAUCAUCAUUAACAUAUCAUAUGGAACAAACAGAAUUUUAUCCUCAUUUACCAAUACAAAUUUAUACAAAAAAUCGUGAAAAAUUUAUUAAAUUAAGAAAUAAAACAAAAAAAAUUAUUCUACUAGCUAAUGGAUUCUUUGAUGAUGAAACAUGGUCUAUGAAAUCAAUUAAAAAUAAAACUAAUUCCGGAAACAUGUCCGAACUAUAUUGUUCAUUUUUAAAUAAUCAAUGUGAAAUAACAAAUGAUAGAAAUCGUUUUACUCAAGCUGAUGCUGUUGUUUAUCAUAUGCGUAAUUAUAUAAAUCGUUCAGAUGAAAUAUUAAAAUAUCGUCAUCCAUCACAACGUUUUAUUUUUACAUCAUGGGAAUCACCGAGACAUAGUAUUGAUCUUCGAUCAUAUACAAAUUUUUUUAAUUGGUCAAUGACAUAUAAAUUCGAUUCACAUAUAUUUGCUUCCUAUUAUGCUAGUGAUACUUAUCGUUCAAAAGAUAGUCAAUGGUUUAAAAACCUACCAUAUAAUUAUGAACAAAAAACAGUUCUUUAUGAAAAUAUCAAUACAACGAAAAAACUUGGUACAGUCGCAGCAUUAAUUAGUAAUUGUCUAACACCUGAGAGUCAACGAACAUUAUUAAUUACUGAAUUAAAAAAAUAUGUUGAUGUAACUGUUUAUGGUAAAUGUGGUAAACCAUGUCCAAAUUCAAUUGAUUGUCGAACAUAUAUUGCUGAACGUUAUUAUUUCUUUUUAAGUUUCGAAAAUAGUUAUUGUGAAGAUUAUACAACUGAAAAAUUGUUUUCAACACUUGCAUUACCUAUUGUUCCAAUUGUCUUUGGUAGAGUUAAUUAUACACGUUAUAUUCCUCAAUCAGCUUUUAUUAAUAUUCAACAAUUUCCAUCAAUAUCAAAACUAAGUGAACGACUCUAUCAAAUACGAACUAAUAGAACACUUUAUCAAGAAUAUUUUCAAUGGAAGAAAAAUUUUAUAUGGGAUCGAUUUUUACAAUUUAUGUCACCAUUUUGUGAUUUAUGUCUUCGUUUACAUCUCGAUAAAACACCAAAUAUAAUUCAUAAUAUACAUAAAUGGUGGUAUCAUGAAAAAUGUGAUCCAGAAGUACAAAAUUAG